AUGGAGGACAGGAAAGGCAGCAGCCGAGGAACUGCCCUAGGGAGAAGCGUAAACGGAGCCAUAAAGCUCGUGUCAAAGGGUAAGAAGCGCAAUCAGCAUGGGGAGUUCAUGCCGAAUGGGUUGAAUGUCAGCACGAGGAAGAAGAGCAGCAAUAGGGGGGUACUCAACGGGGGGGUCGUCAACAGGGGGAGUGCCGCCCCUAUCCACGGCGCUAACGAUGGCAGCCGGAGAGAGCACUCCGUAAAUAACGUUGACCAGUUCGAGCUGCAGUGCCGAGACUACCUAGACGGGGUUCUAAAGAUAAGCGAAUACGUGAAGCUGCCCAAGAGCAUCAACAAUGAGGAGGACAAGAAGAGGUGGAAGAAGGCCCAAUGCUUACGUAACAAAAUGAAGCAAUACGAUCAGCUCACGAGGAAAAAAUUGUUCCAAAGAAAAAGUGUUAGUAAUAAGGCAAAAUUCAACAGGGAGAGGUACAUUAUAUUAAAUAAAAUCCCCAGGUAUAGGGAGGCCUUUCCUUCCGUCAUGGACGACCCGUCAAACAAAAUCAAGGAGGACAUCAUUCGUACGUACCUCAAGACACAUGCUGCUUACUUCCUAUCGGAGAGUCGAAACGGAAGCAGCCGCAAGUAUGAAAAUGGUUACAACAUGAGUUUUGUGAAGAAGGGGCCCAACAGCUACCUGUGCAGGCACAUGAACAAGGACGGGGAGGUGGAUGCUUGUAUGCGUUACUACUGCGGCUCCCCCCAUGGGGGCCAGCACAGGACAGGCGGUACAAGGAACCACUCGAAGGGUACGAAGAAGGAUUUGUCUUACAAUUUGUGGAAGAAGAUCAUCCUCGAGGGGAUAAAAAAUGGCACCAUUGGCGUGGGCGAUGUGGGCGGCGUUGGCGGUAUGAGCGGUGCUUGCGGCAUGAGCCGUAUGAGCAACGUUCGCGGAGCUCGCAGCGUGAGCGGGCGCGCUCCGAGCAAGUACGACAUUUUCGUCAACGGGUCCUACCACAACCUGCGGAGCGUGACUGGCGGGGUGAACGACUCGGGGAAAGCGACCAGAAAAAGCGCCCUGAGUCGAAGCAGCCAAGCGAAUAAAAAAUUGUUAACAAGCACAAACGGUGCCUCCAACAGAAUAAUCCUACACAAUGACAAAAGGGAAGAUGCAUAUGAAUUGAAUUCGAGUAGAACGAACGGGAGAAUGUCUCCCCCCCAUGCGAAGGUUGUUAAAAAUUCCUCCACGUACAAUUCCUCUGUGGACUCGAAAGAGGCGCGCACACAAGGGGGAGGAUCCACCCCAAGCCGCACCCCACACACGACUAUAUUAAAUACCCACAGUCAGCAAUCAAAAGGGAACUCCCUCUGUUCGGACGAAUCGAUGAAGAGACUUAUGUACGACAAGUGCAAUGUAGAAAGUGAGAAGUUCUUUUACAAAAAAGAUCGAUUUUCUUUACUAGGUCGGAUUAAGAAAAACAAAGAGAUCGAGGUGAGGCUCGUGUUGAACAAGGUGUAA